GUCCAGUGUUUUUGCCUGGGCUACAAGCGUCGACUUUGAGCUUCAACCACCAACAUAACAAAGUGACGAGGCGACCGACACUCAGGCUUAAAUGUGAAGAAAGCUCCCCUUAGUUUGAAAUGUCUAAUAAUGUGGACUCGGCAGGGAGUGAGGAAGAGAGACAGGAGCCAGGUGAUAUUGAGAGUGAUAAGGAGGAAGACAUCCCUGAAAACACCGGGGCUGAAGAGCUCCGUCUGGUCCUCAUUGGAAAGACUGGAUCAGGAAAGAGUGCAUCUGGAAACACUAUCUUGAGGCGAAAACAGUUCCUGUCACAGCUCAGCGCCAGCUCCGUCACCCAGAUCUGCGAGCUGGGGAGUGUCAAGCUCGCUGAGGAAGAGGAAGUUGUGGAGGAUGGCCAAGCUGUCAGAAGAAGGAGGGUGAGGAGAGUCACGAUUGUUGACAUGCCUGGUUUCGGAGACACACACCUCAGCGUGGAGCAGACCCACAGUGAGAUUGCCAAAUGCGUCACUCUCUCUGCCCCCGGCCCGCACGCUUUCCUUCUGGUGGUGCCGUUAGGACGAUACACAGACGAUGAGAAUCAGGCUGUCUGCGAGAUGACCCAGAUAUUUGGGGAGAGCGCCCUCCGUGACCACACAGUGGUCCUGUUCACUCGAGGUGAUGACCUGGAGGGCAGGGCUCUCGAACAGUAUCUAGGGGAGACGGCGCCUGCCGGUCUCAAGGCUUUGAUCAAAAGAUGCGGGGGCAGGCACCACAUUUUGAACAACAAAGACCCCAGUAACCUAGGACAGGUCAGACAGCUCCUGAUGAUGGUUGACACGAUGGUGAGACAGAAUAAUGGAGGGUUUUAUACCAAUGCCAUGUUUUUAGAGGCAGAGGCAGCCAUCAGGGAGGAGCAGGAAAGGAUGAUGAGGGAGCGAGAUCAGGCAGAUGGGGAAGAGCAAGGGAAAAACAGCACUGUCAUGGAAGAGCAGGCUAAACUCGCGAAACGAAGGAAGUAUGACUUGGAGUCUGAUGAAGCAGGGAGCAGUGAGGAAGGAUCAGGAGGACUCAGUAGAAAGAAUCUGGAGAGAGGACCAAAUGAAGAGGAUUUUAGGAUUGAGAGUUGGAGGGAGGAGAAGAGAGGCAAUGUUUUCAGCCUCCUGAGGAACAGAGGAGAGAGAUGCAAGGAGCAGUUCAGGGGCACAAGUAGGGCUGGUGGCAGAGCUGUCAGCAGGCGACAGUCCCUCCGUUCAUCUCUAAAUCGGAUUAGGAGGGAGGCUGCCCUCUCUGCCAAGGUCCUGGACAAAGUGAAGAUCCUGGUGGCUGCCGGAGCCACAGGGAUGGCUGUGGGGGCAGUUUUUGGGGCGGCUGCCCCUUUGGCAGCAGCAGCCGGGGCAGCCAUGAUGGGGAACACAGUUGGUUUUGCUGCAGGUCAGCUGGCUGGGAUGUCUGUAGCCGGGGGUACAGGUGUGGGGAAAGCUGUGGGGGCUAUAGUCACCGUGGCCUCGGGGAAAACCGCCGUGGCUCUGGGGGCAGCAACCGGUGGCAUUCUGGGUGGUUCCAUGGGUGCUGUGGCAGGAGCUGAGGCUGCCAGUCCUGGGAAGGGAGCCCUGGAUGCUCUUGAGCAGGUCAGCCUUAUAGGUGCCUCUGCUGUGGGGGUGGCAGCAGGUGUGGGGGGCGCCAUGGGGGCUGGGGCUGCUUUAGGCGCAGCUCUGGAGGGAGCGGCUGCAGGCACAGCAGCCCUCACCGGAGCUGAAACUACAGCAAUAGGGACUGCAGGUGUAGCCAAUGCUACUGUCGCUCAGGGUGGUUUAGCUUCAGUGGCAGGGCAGCAUGCAGUGACCGCUGUAGGGAGUAUUGCUGCUGGUAGCGGGACGACUCAGAUUGCCGGAGCAGGGGCGGCUGUGAGCGUCCCAGCAGCUGCAAGUGCUAGCGGGGCUGUGUGUGCAGCAGCAGGGCCCGGCAGGGUUUUGUCAGAUCACUGGGGCACCGUGGGGGCGACAACACGCAUCCUGACUGCAGUGGCUGAAAUUGGCAAGGCCGCAGCAGGCAUCGCCCUCGCUGGGGGCCUGGUGGUGAAGGUGGUUAAGGAAAAGGUCAGAAGUGGCACAGGAACAAGUGAAGCCAACUUCUCAGAGAGGAAGUCUUAUGAGAUCUACUGGAACAAAUAAACAUGGGUCAAAGACCUGAACCAAAAUCUAUCGCAGGAAAUCAGAUUUGAGAGUGGAUUUUUUUAAAUGAUAUUGAGUGAUGCUUUAAGACUGUUAAAACCAAUCCAUUGCAUCUGCUAGUGAACUAUAAGCUAAGAUGACGUGUUUCAAUUUUACAGAAAUUUCCUUGUUUGACAUCUGGCUAACAGCUCCAGGCCUAUACAUACAUUGAAAUUGAAUUAGCACAUUGCAUUUAUGUUCAGUUUGGUUGAAUACAGUAAAUGUAUUUUGUCAAAUAAUGGGUGGAGAAGUGGUUGAAUAAUGGUUGAGGUGUUGAAAAGCAUUUUAAAUAAGGAAAAUGUUUGUUCUGAACAAUUAAUUAAAAUAAUACCAAAAUCACAGUAUGGCCAAGUGCGAUACUGUAAUUGCCAAAGUUGCAUUUUUUUCCAGCAAAAUGACACCAUUAUUUUAAUAGCUUUUUCAAUGAAACUAAGCAUUAUAAUGCAAAAAUGAUCCUACUUCUAAUUCACCACAUUCCUACUAAAACUGAAUCACUGCAAUUACAGUAUCUGAAAAAUUAUUCUCAGUAUGAUUUAUUUUAAAGCAUAUUGUUCUGCCCCCAUAUACAGACAGAGCAUUUCAGUAUUAACUAUAGAAGAGAAUUCUUAGUUUUCAAUCACUGUAAACUAUAUAAACCUUCAAUUUUUUAAGCUAUAGGUUUACUGUACCAUUUAUGCAGGAAUUACAACAUUCAGUGGAGGUUUGUCAUGUAUGCAUUUCCUUAGAUUAAUCAUGGGAUAUUUAUACAGGUUAUUUUGCAAGCACUUACAUUCUAAUAUGAAGGUACUGACAUAACUGUGUUGAAAUGACAUGGAAUAAUUUGUUGUUUAAGUUUGAAUGCUUAUAAUAAAAAUAGAAGGUAUUAGUCAGUAUUUGACCAUGCUUGAAUUUCAUAGCCUAAUCAAUAAAUCCCAUGCUGUGUUCAACAGGUACAUAAGUUGUGUUGGUACUUCACAGUUCUAGUUCUUGAUUAUUUUCAGUAUGAUCUGUCUUCUCAAUAGACUGUUUUACCAUAGAGGUGCCUUGAUAAGGAAAAUGCUCUUGAUUCUUGAAUAAGAUGAAACACAAAAUAAAGAUUAUUCUUACAAUGCUG